CGGAGGGGUGACAUCACCCUCCCCGAAAACAAAGUAAAGAUACACUUUGGCUGCAGUUUCGCCAGAGUUAUACAAGUUUCGUAAAAGUCUGAUGUAGUUUGGUGCCAGUUAGCAACGAACGUAGUACAGGUGGAGACCGAAAGUUUAAUUUUUCUGUCCCCCGUACAGGAAAGUGUUUCGGGGUGAAGAGUUACCCACGAAAGUUGAAUAUAUACUGAGAAAGUUAAGAAAAAAAGUUUCGCGAUUUAUUUUCAAAAGUUGUUGUUUGCCUAUACUAAAAUGAUGAUCAAAAUAUUGGAAACUUUGUUGAAAACUUUUGAAUUAACUUCUUGUCCUUAACUUUUCACACCACUUCCUCGCUGUUUUGUGCAAAGUUAUUUAGUUUGUUGUUUUUCUACGAAUAUUGUUUUGUUUUUAUUUAUAAAAUCUGGGAGAAAACUUCCUUGACUUUGACUCUGUAUGUGUCCAUCAAUUAAUUAACGGUGGUUUUGUUUUUUUUGCGCAUUUUUUAUAUACAUAUUUUUGUGGUGUAUAGCAUAACUGUAAGUCUGUUGUUUAAAAAAAAUCCGUGCAUUGUGUGUCCAUUGCGUGUCCAACAAAGAAAAAAAAACUGAUUUGCCAGAGAAAGUGCAAGUGACUGUGAACUACCAAGAUUUUGUUUGAAAUUGUUCUCACGCGAGCAAUAUCGAAGAAACCCCAAUUUCUAGAACAAACAAACAAUUAAAUAUUAUUAAUUCUAGUUUACUUCCGAGCUAAAUUACAGUUUGUUCCUCUGUGAUUUUUUCUGCUCUUUUGUUCCUCUCCGUAAAUUAUUGUAUUGCACGCUAAAAGAAACGGGUCUGACGGAAGGCGCAAUCAUCCCCAUUGUGGUGGAAAAUUCUAAUAUCCUGAAGAAAAUUGCAUGUCAGCACGUCAACCAGUGUCACCUUUAUUUCCCUAAAAAAGCAAUGAAAAGGCGCCGUAAUUUAAAGAGAUAUCAUAUAAAAAAUCGUACUAAUGAAAUGAAUUACUGGACUAAAAAAAACUAAUUUUACAUUUAAGUCCGAAAAGGGAAAACAUUGCUACAUAGCUACCAAGUGCUAAAUAAAAAAAAAAAAUGAAUAGCAACAUAAAAAACUGUGAAUGUGUAUAAAAAAAUUGUCACCACAAUUGAGUUAAAACAACAAGCAUUUUUUAUGAAAGAUGAUGAUUGAACAUCUCCUCAUAAGCUAAUAAAUAAUUUCGGGCAACAACACAAUGAAAACAAAUAUGGCUUUAGCAAAGCGAAGUAGUGCAUUGAAAGAGGAAUAUCAUGAGCCGCCGGUGAAAAAUGAAAUAGAUUGUUGUGACAAUGGGAAACGCAAGAAGCGUCCAAGUCGUGAAGAGGAGGAGCGUCAAUCAUUUGCUCAGAAGAAGAGGGCAUUAGGAAUAUCACAGCAAGUACCUUUGCGUGGGAUACAGAAGCAAAAUUCGGAAGAUCAGGACGAUGAAACACUCAUACGGGAGACUCAGGCCGCUCUCAAGAGUUUAUCGGGUAGUUGGCCAGAUUCACAAAGAAACCCCUAUCGUAUGAAUGAACAGGAUGAAAAUCCCCCGGCAUUUCAAAAUUUAUUUGAGGAGAACCAUCAAGAUCACAAAUUAUCCCCAACAACACCUCUCCCAUCUGCCAAUCAUAUUGAAUCUCAUGGUGGUAAUCUUAAAGACGUCAUCACAUUGAGAGAUAAAAAGUCUGAGCAAAUGCAGACAGCAAGGCGCAGGGCGAAUCGAGAAGAGGGUGAUGGAAAGGUACGUGAUAAGUACUAUCCAUCGCCAGAUUUUAAUGAACUGGUUGAUGACUCAUCCAAUGAUCUGGAGAUUGAUAUUUCUGAAGGAGGCGACAAAGAUGAUCAUAGACAAGAAAAGUUACGAAAUUCAGGUCAUACCAAAGCACCUUAUGGCUCGGUUUCCGCAUUCAAACCACCAUCUGACAUGAUUCGAAAAAAUGGAUCAAUAGCUCCAAUUGCUAUAGGACCUUUUCCUGCUGAAGCUACGUUCGUUGGAUACCCAGAAGAGCCACAGCCUAUUCUUCACCAGGAACACAUGUCGACAUUUGUUGACGAAAAGAUAAAAAAGGAAGAAGAUUCUGGCAAAUCUAUCGGCUCUCCAGACUCCAAGCAGUACACAAUACUUCAACCAGCAGGCGUGGGAUCUCGCGCUGCUUCAGUUAUGCAAGAUAUUGCCAGGGAGGGAGUAGUAUCUGUUGCUGCAGUUAGUAGCACAAGUAGUCCAGGGUUAGUUCCAAAUGCACAGAAUGCCCCAAGUGGGAGUGUUGGAACUGAAAGGGCUGGUCCACCCUCAUUUUCCCCAGGAAGUAUUAACAGAGAAGGAAGCAAAUGUCCAACACCUGGAUGUAGUGGCCAAGGUCAUGUUACAGGACUGUAUUCUCACCACCGUAGCCUAUCUGGAUGCCCAAGAAAGGAUAAAGUUACGCCAGAAAUAUUGGCGAUGCAUGAAACAAUUCUAAAAUGUCCAACACCCGGCUGUAAUGGUAGAGGGCAUGUAAGCUCAAAUCGGAAUAGUCAUAGAAGUCUCUCCGGUUGUCCAACGGCUGCGGCUAGUAAAGCAGCUGCAAGAGAGCAAAAGUAUCAAAACGGUUUCACUUAUCGCCAAAAGUCAACACUUUCGGCAGUGAUAAACUGUCAUCAAAUGACGGACUAUCGACCAUUACUUGUAUCAACGGAUAUUGAAACGAAAAUUCCAUACAACAUUAACUUUGCAUCCAACUCCCAACCCAUCAAUCGACCUCCAACAACCGACGCAUAUUUUGGAACACAGACCAGUCAAUCAGCAACAACAUUUGAACAGAAGUCCUCAGUUGAACAGAAUCAAAUAGUUGAUCAAGCAAAAAUUACAAAACAGUCACAGAAACUUCCAGAUUCAUCUAAGAAUACCCCUGUUUCGAAUAAUCUUACAAUAAGCAGUAACAAUAAUAACAACAGUGCAAAGUGCAACAAUAACAACACGAGUGUUAGCAUCAAUAAAUCUAUUGUCAAAUCUGAGGUACUGUCAUCUAUAAAAUCUGAGCAUUCCAUAGCGUGCAAGAGUCCACCCACGCAGUCGAAUCACAACGCACAAGCGCCAUUAAAUCAACCUAAACCCUAUGAUUCAUACAUGAAUCACGACUCAAGCUCAAGUUCAAUGACGUCAGCUGAGAGUGGUAGCAUCAAUAAAUGUCCACCUAUUGGAAAUCAGCCUCUCAGUGGUCUUCAGCAUACCCAGAAUAUGAAUGGAUACCUUGAGAUGCAUCAACAUUCACAAUUGCAAAAUGUACAGUCACUACCCCAGAGGCCAUUUGACAUGAUGUCUGUGCCACCACCAAUGUCCAUUGAUGAUCCCUAUAUAAGAGAGCAGCAAAUCCGGUAUUCACAAAUGAAUGACCUCAGUGGUUUGGCUAGGCCUACAGUUUCUUAUAGUGAUAUCGGAGGUAAUAGAACCGUUCCCACUGGAUAUGAAUUAUCCGUAAACACAUCGUCUCAUCGGCCGUACGAUCCAGGUGUAGGACCUAUCACGACUGCAUUUGAGCGGUACGACCCAAAUUGCCCCCCUCAACGAGCAAAUAUGUAUCCCUAUAUACAACCAAGUAUGGAGGAUAUUAAUCAACAGCAAAAAUAUCUUCAGGAGCAGCAUAUGGCACAUGCUAUGAUGAAGCAAGAUAUGGAUGAGAAUUCAGCACCUAUUUAUCCUCGGCCAAUGUAUCACUAUGAUCCGACUACAGGAACACUUCCGCCGGGGUUUAGUGCUAUAAAUCUAUCGGUUAAGAUUGGUACCCCUCAUCCAAUUCCGCAUAAAAGUGGUGGCUCUCCGUCACCCAAUGGUCCCGUUAUUGACCUCUCUACGUCCAGCGUAACCUCAUCCAGUCCUCACGGAUUUAACUCACCCCAUUACGGAGGCCAACGCAUGCAAACGGGCAGCCCACAGCCAGGUGCUAGUCCACAUCACCUGGCGAGUCCACAAGUGCCAAGUCCUCAAGGGCAAACACUUGACUUGAGUGUCAACAGAUUGCCUCACAGUGGUGACACAAGUCCACAGUAUUCGACUCAUCCGGAUGGGAUGGGACAUCCCCAGAGUUUUGGUGGAACCCCUCGGUCGCCACAGACAGAACCAGUGGACUUUAGUGGGCCACCCCGACCCGUGGGCUUUGGCCUUGUCUAUAGCCGGGAGUCCACGCCAGACAGUGGGGCCUCACACUAUAUGGAAAGCUACCGGGAUCCAAGUGGCUAUAGUCCACAUCCAAGUGGAUAUGGUAUGGUAGUCCAGCCUGAAUACCCACCAACAGGCUACCCUGGCUAUGCUCCAAGCGCUUACCAAUGCAGUGGUCCAUAUGGCAGUACCGUUGGUCCCGCUGGAUAUCCUACACCAGUUUCUGCUGGUUAUUCUCCGAGUGCAACUACUUGCUACGCUAUGCCACCACCUCAGCACAUCCCGCAACAUGAUAAACCCCUAACAAAAGACAGUCUAACUGGAUGUCCCAGACCGGACAGGACGCAAAUUCAAUCUCACUCGCAAGAGUUGAAGUGUCCGACGCCAGGAUGUGAUGGUUCUGGUCAUGUCACAGGCAAUUAUUCAUCUCACCGAAGUUUGUCCGGAUGUCCCAGGGCCAACAAACCAAAAAGCAAACCAAGAGACGGACAAGAUUCGGAACCACUCAGAUGUCCAAUUCCGGGUUGCGACGGUUCCGGCCACUCCACGGGAAAAUUUUUAUCGCACAGAAGUGCUUCGGGUUGUCCAAUAGCCAACAGGAACAAAAUGCGGGUCUUGGAGAACGGAGGUACGGUUGAGCAACAUAAAGCUGCUGUAGCUGCAGCCACAGCCAUGAAAUUUGAUGGGGUCAACUGCCCGACACCAGGAUGCGAUGGCACAGGCCAUAUAAAUGGUACAUUUCUAACGCAUCGAUCGCUAUCUGGGUGUCCAACUGCUGCACAAGGUAUCAAGAAGCCAAAAUACCCUGACGACGUCACCAUGGUCUAUCCUAAAGGAUACACGGGCAUGGAAAUGAUGAUGAACACCAAUCCAAACGGCGAAGAUCUUGUGACCCUCGAGGCGGAAAUCACUGAACUCCAACGUGAAAAUGCUCGAGUAGAGUCCCAAAUGCUUAGACUCAAGUCCGAUAUCAACGCCAUGGAAUCACAUUUGAAUCACGGCGAUAGGGAAAAUCAAAUAAUGUCUCAGAGGAACAGCAACUUAAACGACUAUUAUGAGAGUCUGCGUAACAAUGUGAUUACUUUGUUGGAGCAUGUACGGAUACCAAAUGGUGGGCCACCAGAAAAAAUGGGUCAUGAGAACUUCGAUAGCUACCUAUCCAAGCUACAAUCUCUUUGUACACCCGAUGGAUAUUGUCCCGAUGAGAAUAGGCCCAUUUAUGAGACUGUUAAAUCAGCCCUACAGGAUUUUACAGUCCUACCUACACCCAUUUGAGAGGAGGCCUGAGACGCCAGUUGCGGCGGUUGCUGAAAUAUUUUAAUUCAGAAUAUAUGGAAGCAGGAUCCAUUGUUACACAUUGAAGACUAACUGAAUAAUUACAGGAACUAUUUAUACCUAAAUUAAUCUCAUUUGUAGUUUUUAAGAAACACACACCUAAAUAAUAUUGUCAAUUGGAGCAUUUUUUUUAAUCCGUUACUGACAUGCAAAGCAAAGAAUAAAAGUAAAGUUUACUAAUAUUGCUCUUCUAUUUUAUCUAUAAAUCGAUGUAGACAUAGUGUGAAUUAUCUCUUCACUUAGCGAGACUAAUCAACACUAUUAUAGUUAUAUGUAUGUACAUAAAUAAUUUAUAUACUUGAAAUACCUACUAAAAUUAACUUCCGAUUUACAAAGAGAAAUUAAUUUAUGUAUGUAUAAUCAUUGAAUGUAAAAGAUGACAUAAUUUAGAAUAUAUGUGUCUAGUAAUAAUAAAAGAAUUUGUCUGAAAAGAAGAUCCCCAACUUGAUUAAUAAUUGUAAGAUACAGUAAUUAAUAUUAUUUACUUUUUUUAAUGGUGCUUAACCCAAUCUAACUAAAGUAUUUUCUAUGAAUUUCUUUUUUCUUGGGUUUUGUGUAAAUAGAGAAAUAAAUUUAAUUUUAAAAUUACAAAAGUUGUAAAAAGAAUAAGGAACAUGAAAAUUCAGAUAGAGAAAAACAAUUGUAACUUCUGUUCUCUUAUAAGGCAGAAUAAAAUCAAUAUGAAAGAAACACAGCCAAAUUUAGGAUUUGUAUGUGACUAAAAUAGCUUGGAAACAGAAAGUUUUAUAAAUACGAGUACAUACUAAAUGUUUAAAACUCCAUUAUUGUGGAUGACAUAUCAGUUUGUGUUUGUCAGUGUACACCACUACCCAAAAACCUUUAUCCAGCAUCGUUUUCCCCAAAAUGUCCUCAACAUGCAAUUCAUCAACAUCUUCUCUUCGUGAGAAAUUUAAUAGCAUGGAAAGAUGUUACAUAAUAUUGGAGGACAAGAAAAAAAAGAAACAUUGCAAAAACCACAAACAAAUUUGUCAUUAGCUACACGAGUCUUUUUCAAAUAGAAUCCCUCAUGAUACAAUGGAAUGUGCAAGAAAAAAUUUUGUGCAAGAUAUGUAUUAGAUUAGAUUAUUUUUUAUUGCGGACAUAUAUUUUAGUGGUUUUAGACGUAUAAUUCAUAUUAAUAAUUCUAAUUAAAAGAAUUUUUGUUCUCAUUUCAAUAUACUUGUUACAUUUUUGUGAAUAAAAUUAAUUACUUAAUAGUAAUAUAGAGUGAGUAAAAUACUAAUAAAUUAUAUAGAUAAUAAUAAAUUCUCUGUAAUAAUUCAAAAA